UGGACCUUCCAAGGUCAGGCCGACGUUAAGCUAAAACCCUGGCGCCGAAGCCCUCCCUCGCUCCCACCGCCGCGCACGGCGGAGUUUGAGAAGGUCCGUCCCCUUGGAUUCGAGAUAGCGCCUUUCCUCAGAGCACGAUAUUAGAGUUCAAGCAUGGCUCUUUCUUGGGCCGCCAAAUUAUCAAAAGGAAUUCUACUCAAGGAACUGGGCAUUCAUAGGCAGCCCCGAUAUGGAGAAUUUGGCAACCCAAAUUCUCUGAGCUUGAUGCUUCUAAGAAGUUUUAGCAUGGAAGUUUCAGCUUCGGAGCAGAUGAAUCUUAUUAGACAGCUGAGGGAAAGGACGAGCGCACCCAUAAAAGAUGUCAAAGCUACCCUUGUUGGUUGCAACUGGGAUAUUGAGGCUGCACAGAAGGACCUGAGAAAAAGAGGAGUGGUGCUUGCAUCAAAGAAGUCAUCACGGACUGCUGCUGAGGGUUUACUUGCAGUGGCACAGAAUGGCAAAAAGGCUGUUGUAGUUGAACUUAACUGUGAGACAGAUUUUGUGGCAAGGAAUGAGAUAUUUCAAUUCCUGGCUUCAUCUUUGGCAAGGGUAGCCCUAUCAGCUGUAAGUCCUGUGCAGCAAAUUCAAGAAGCUUUUCCUUUUGGCUCUGAGUACUUGGAGAACAUCAAGAUUAAUUUAGAUCAUCCAAAAAUUUGUGGAGAAACAACAGUGCAAAGUGCAGUUACAGAAGUUGCUGCCAUGGUUGGGGAGAAUGUAAAGCUCAGAAGAGGGUUUGCAUUGUCCACAUCCUCUCAUGGUGUUAUCUCCUCUUACCUUCAUACAAGUCCCCAACCAGGACUGGGCCGUAUUGCUGGAUUGCUUACUUUAGAGGUUGAAGAUGAAAAUGCUUCAUUGGAUGCUCUUCAGCGCAUUGGUUCAUCACUGGCGAUGCACAUAGUGGCAUCAAAGCCCUUGUUUUUAUCAAAGGAACUUGUUUCUUCUGAAGCAAUAGAAAGUGAGCGUGACAUACUAAAAUCUCAGGCGGAAAGUUCAGGGAAGUCUCAGAUGGCCAUUGAAAAGAUGGUGGAAGGCCGUAUGAGGAAAUACUUUGAAGAAGUGGUGUUAUUGGAGCAGAAGUUUGUUAUGAAUGACAGUGUUAAUGUCAAGUCACUGCUGAAUGAUUUAUCAAAAGAAGUGGGCUCAUCUGUAAAGAUUGGCAAUUUCCUCAGAAUGGAAGUUGGAGAAGGAAUUCAGAGAUAUAUAACACAUUGGUCCCCCAUAUUUGUCCACAAGUUGAAGCAUAGUUUUUAUUGCAAUGAGGUUGCUGGUGCUGUCCAGAAUUUGAAGCUUGAGUUGCAUUCAGUUGAUGAAGUUAGGUUUGAAUUGCAGGCUUGAAGCUGCGUAGGCCUCUGAUGCUGUGGCUCGAGCUGCAUAAUAUCCUAUCAAGAUCUUGAUGAGCAUCAUACCACAAGGAAACAUUGUGAUCUGAACUUCCCCAUGUCGGCGGAACUAAGAAGUCUCCUUCAUGUGUGUAAGAUUAGAAUAAAUUUUCCCAUCUGGUUGUUUCUAAGCUAUUCAUGUAAGUUUGUGUUUGUUUUUUAUUUGAUCACUGAUAUCACUUAAGAUAGAGUAAUUGCAUCAAAUUUACUAUUGGAUGCUUUUUUUCUUUAUUGAAUAGUGACUAAUGAAUUUCUGACUGACACAUUUUUGUAAUGUAAGCAUGGCAUGCUAGCAAUAGAAUGUGAUCGCGCCUUUGUAGCUGGCAAGUUGGCUCUGCAUCAUUCUUCGGGCAUGCAGCCAUGAUUCUUUUGCAGGAUAAUCAGUUGAGGCUCGGUAUCAUGUUCGGUAACAAGAGCCUAGAAAGGUGCAUGCAUUUGUUAAGCUUCCAUGGUAAUAACUUUAUUGUUUUAAACGAUACAAGAUUUAGCUUUAUCCAUUAAUAUCUUGCACGGUAUGGUUGUCUCUCA